AUGUCCAAGCCUGCUUUGCUGGCCGAGACGACACCUGUCAUGACUGACUCGUCGCCGUGCUCCAUGAUCAUCUCAUUCACUUGGCAGUCUUCGAGCAAUGCUGGCGACGAGCUGGCGUCUGGUGCACAACCUCUGAGCAGCUGGCCGAGUCCCUAUCACAGCAACAGCAACCUAAUCUCACCUCGUCGUCGCGAGCAUGCGGUGCAGCCUCCUCCUUUGACAACAGCCUUGAACAAUAGUCAGUUCCAAGGCCUUGGACUUGGUCUGGGGGCAGCAUAUUCCCCUGCGCCUCUUUCGACGACAUCUCUGUCGAGCCCGUUCACCCACGGCCAGUCUCCUGUAGUGGCUUCUCCUGGAGGACUCGCCCUCGGAUCUUCACCUAUGUCGUCCCGACAGUAUAACGUGCCCUAUAACCCUCAGGAUUGGGGCCCGGUGGGACAUACCUCAGUGAACCCGGGGCGACAGACUUAUCCUCAGGCAAAUAACAUGCUGAGGAUUGUGCCCCAGCCACGUUCAUCGGGGCCUCACUCAGAUGUAUCGUUGUCACCACCACCUCCUCCAUACUCGCCCCCAAGUCAUCAGCACCAGCAGCAAUCCAGAGAUAAUGUCAGCCAUAACACCUCCUCCUUGGGCUCGACGUCCCCGAGUGCUACCUCUUCAAACACAGGAGCAUUGCGCCAGAGCAUGGAUCAAGCUUCGGAGUAUCAACAGCGUCGUCUUCCACGGGCGCGCCCGAUAUCUAUGUUCGUAGGAAACGAAUCUGGCCGGAACCGACGAGUCUCCCUGCCUCCUCCACCCCCGCUACCGCAGAGUCUCGCAGGAUCCAGGUCAUCGUCUCGUAGCAGAAGAGAACCUUACCAGGACCAAAUUGCCGCAUCAGUAGGGCCGAGACCGUAUGUCGUCGUCUCACCGGAGGGUCUGCGGGCUUCGCAAUCAAAUAAUGGCAGUCAGUUGCCAGGGUUGGACGGCAUGGACGAUGCAGGUCGUCCUCCGGCUUCACGAAGAGCCGUCUCGGCGGGACCUGUGGUGAGCAGCACGAGCUCAGCCCGAGCUCACAGUCAAACUCGAAGUCGAUCACCUCCAACACAAGGCUGGGAGCCAGGAAUGCCCCUCCCUCCACCUCCUCCAGGUCCUCCCCCGAGCACAAGGUCACAAAGUGUGAACGGGCUGUCUGAUGCGUCGUCUGCACGCACUCAGCAAGUCCCUGCGAGAACCGGGAAAGCGAGGGCGCCUCCGCCUCUAGGAACCACUCUCGAUAGCAUACCACCAACACCUGCUGGCUGGGUGGACGAGACCAUUUCAGUAGUCAGACCGAAGAACGAGAAGAUGCCCCUGAGCAUAGAUACUAUGAAUACUGCCUCGGGCAGCAGUUCAACAUCGCAUGAUACUUCUCAAACAGCACAAAGCUCUGUCAGCGGCGGUCUUUUUCGAAGCCCGGCCAUCAAAGAUCCCAACGCCAAGGGCAUUCGCGAGAGACGGAUCGAACGCAGAAACCGGCAGAGUCAAGUCCUGGACGAUCUCAGUGCGGUGUCCAUGAGCAGCAACCCAUGGGCUGAAGCACUGGAGAAGAUAAAGCCGUCCAACCUAGUCUUAGAUGAUGACACAAACGGUGAAUCGGAGAGAACACCACACCAGGUUUCAGCCAAAAUUACGCCACGAAGUACGCGCAGUGUGGGCUCUGAAAUGCAGCAGCAAGUGCCAUCCAGAUCCAGAGCGUCUUCUGGAGGCCUGUUUUCGAAUCGAUCCCCAUUCUCGACCCCUAAAGCUGAGUCGAGCCCGCUAGGAGCCCCGGCUGGGUAUGCACAGACUCCGCCAUUCUCACCGGGUACGGAACGAUCGAAGCGACCGUCGCCGGCGCUCCCGUCAAAAACCCUUCCAACACCUCCACUUCAGCCGAGACAGGAACGAUCGCCAUCUCAGUCGAGAGCCAGCGAUGAGCGUCCAGUGUCACAUAUCCUGCACUUGCCAAAUGACAGUGUGCCCGCCGUAUUGCCUCUGGCACCGCGCCGCCUCUCAGCCCAGCAAGGCCCCUCUCUUGACUCGGUCAUCAAGCGCGAUGAUGAGUUCCUCCGAAACGCUACGCAAAGGCAUCAGGUUUUCAUUGAGAAAGAGGCGGGUGCUGUGGACGAGAAGGAAGCCCUUCAAUUGUUCACGGAGUUCAUUAUCGCGGAAUCUCAAAUCCGACGCGAGAAAUAUGCUAAAGUCUGGAACACAGGCUCCUUUGACGUGGAUGAGGUGGUUCGGCGACUGUUCGAGUUGCCACCGAAGACCCCGCAGACAACCCAAAUGGCUCCUGCUAUCGCUCCUUUAAUGCCCCCCAAGAGGGUAUCCAAUGUAGGAGUCCCCAAGCCCAAGCUGGACAUUCCUCAGUCUCGGCCCGAGUCUGCUUGGUGGAAUAAUUACCAGCCGUGUCUCUCGCCGAUUGCCAGCCUGGGUCUCAGCAAUGACGAGAUGAGCUCCCGAGGACGUGCUCCUAGUCGUUGGUGGGAAUCGAAAACUGGCUCCAGUAGUGAAGGAGGGGAGAGAAGAGUACAACGGUCAAAGAGGGAGAGCAAAUACAUGGGUCUGCCGCGUGAGGCCUUGCUCCUUGAAGAAAGCCAGAGUCUUUCCGGGAGUGGCAUUGGCGGUGACCAGGAUUCAACCGGCCAACGCAUGACUUACGGUCCAGAUGAAUAUCCUCCUGAGAAGGUCGGGUGGCAUGAGGAGCCUGAAAUGCCGGUUCAUCCGAGCCGCAAUGGCGUUGGCCGUCUCGAACGGCGUGAAGAGAGGUCGAAGAUGGAUGUUUCGAGGCUUAUUACCCUACCGCCACCUUACCCCCGCCAUUAUCCUGCUGUGAAUAAUAGUCACCCCGACCUUGUAACUUAUCGGACGUUGGUUCGAUCCAUUACCGAUAUAUCUGAGAUCAAAGCUACUCGGCAACGCCAUGAGACCGAGGUGGCUGUCCUCUUCCAGAAGCACCAAACCCGAGUCAAGGAUGGUCGCCGACAGUUUAAGGCCAACAUUCAGAGCGAGAUCGAACAAGGUAGUAUCACGUUCGCGGAGGCCGCAGAAGCCGAAGCAGCGUUGUUGGUGGAGGAAGACGCCCUUGAGAGAGAGGUUGUGCAAAGACAGUUAGAUGAUUUUCAAGAAUCGGUUUUCAAGCCGAUGCGCGCGAUACUGAGAGACCGAAUCGAACGCGCGACAUCUUGCAUCGACGAGUUACGCAGCAAGCUAUUUGACGACGCGCGGUGUGGGACGCCAGACCAAACACAGGAGGAAGGUGACGAGAAACCAGAACUCCUGGAAAAGCUCACCCAACUCAAGUGGCUCUUCGAGGCCAGAGAAAACCUACACCGCGAAGUCUUUGAACUCAUCAGUGAUCGGGAUGAGAAGUACAAGGCAGUGGUUCUGCUGCCAUAUAAGCAAGCUGGGAACGAUGAGAAGGUGCUUGAAACCCGUGCCUUCUUUCAGAAAGACGCAUUGGACCGUCGAGUCAGUCACGAGGCCAGUGCCUUGGCUCGCCUGGAGUCAUUCUUGGAUGUGAUUGAGGAGAACGUGGCUCGAGGGGUGGAAAUCCAGCUGUCUGCCUUUUGGGACAUUGCUCCGCCUCUUCUCGCCCUGGUCCAGCAGAUCCCGGAGGAUGUCCGUGGCUUUUUGGUACAGAUCCCCGUCAAUGAAUAUGAUGAGAACCCCAGUUACCACCAGCAUCCGCUGCAAUAUCUCUACACGCUGGUCUCGCAUGCCGAGAAAUCCAGUUACCAGUACAUUGAGUCGCAGAUCAACCUGUUCUGUUUGUUGCACGAGGUCAAGUCGGCGGUGAUGAAAGCCAACUGCAGUCUCGUGGAAGCCGAGCGCAUCUGCCAGGGCGAGGCGGAGACCAAGGUCCUACAAGAGCUGCAAGCGCUCAGAGCAGACGAAGAGCGUACAUUGACCGGUGACCUGAAGGAUAAGGUUGCUACAGUGGAAGGCCAGUGGGCUGAAGCGCUUGGAAGUCAGAUCCAAGGAUUACGGGAGCGGGUAAAGGAGCAACUCAUCGCAGAGAAUGGGUGGGAUGAUAUUGAGCAGUUGGAGCAGGCAUGA